AUGUUUGACGCAUCGGGUCAAGUCUUCAAAGAGGUCGUUGCCCCGCGUCCUCCGGAUGGUUACCAAAACGGCCGGGACUGGUCGCGGCGGACCGGCCGGCUACCCCGUAGAGGCCGCGGCGGGCAAGGGAGGAAGGGGCCGAGAUCGUUAGCCGACAUGGCGAUGCACACGGUGGCGGAAAACAUUGGCGACGUGACAGAACAGCACCUGGCCCGCGAGGACCUGCCCAAGCGGUACCUGUGGAGAAUAUGGCGCCUGCUGGAGAACCGAGGCGUAUGUUUUCAGGCAUGGAAGGUUCUGUCCAAAUUUUUGCUCGCCGAGGACGACGAGAAGACGCUGGGUCUCUACCGCUACCGCCAACACAUUUGUCUGCCAAGCGAGGACCUCCGGCACUACCUCAAACCGCUCGAGUCUCCCGCCGUCGAUUUCGUGACGCAUCUGAACAUCACGGGAGCAUGCACUUUCGCUGAGAACGAGCUGCUGGCCCUCGCGCGUCUUAGAAACCUUGCCGUCCUCGAGAUCAUCCAGCCGGCGGACGAGCUGGGCCUCACCUUCCCCAAGGUCGACGAUCGCCUCGUCAGGGGCUGGUCGGAAAUUGACGAUCCCUUUCCCUUGCUGCGGAUCCUUAGGCUCUGGGGCGACGAGUCCGUCACCAGACACUCCCUCAAACAUGUGUCAAAGUUCCCAUCCCUCGCUCUGUACGACGUCAACGCGUCGCGAAGCGAUUGGAGGGGGGCCGUGGACAUGGCACUGGGUGAGGGCUGGGAGAUGGAGGAACCUUUGCACGGUCCCCAGGACUCCCUGCUGUGGUACCUGAUGCUCUUCGACUCCGUCGAGGAGAGCAAACCAAGACAGCUGCAGGGCCUGGCCCGGAACAUCGACGACGGGCUGAUGAAUUUCUGCCAGAGCAGCAACCAGCCCAUCCAGUUUGUUCCCAGCCGGGACACGCCGCCGUUUCUCGACCACCUCGGCGGCGCGGCCAAGAGGAACCUCUCCAUGUACGUUGACGUGCCGGGCUACGAGGCCCAGACGUGCAAGGGGUUUCCCUUCGAGACCUGGGCCUUCUGGCUGUACUCCUUCAUUGGACAGUUCACAAAGGACGAGGAUCUGAAGAGGGCCGGCCUAGAGAUGGGGCAAAAAACCGUGUCCGAGCAGCUGGUGCUCCCGUCCAAGCCGCUCGCCUGUCUUCAAUUGGGUCACUGCGGUUCCGCAAGGCCGGCAGGUAUUGCACCCGCCGUGUCUUAUGUUCGCCGUGGGCUGUUUGCGACGUCGAGAUAUACCUUCUUCAGGACUUCAUCGUCGAGUACCAGGCAGGCGUCUGCGAGGAGGACGGCAGAGCUGAUGAAGCCUACCGUCCAGCUUGGGAAUGUGGAGACAGGCCUGAAUCCGAAUCGGAAGAAGCGGCGGCGGCUUGAUGACAUUUUGCAAUCCUUUAUGGGCUCAUGA